AUGUCGCCGUACAUGGCGUACUGGGUCAGCGACGAGGACCACGACGAGGACGAGGAGCACGAUGACGACGUCCAGUCCGUCCCCGCACCAGAGCGCGAGGCUGCCGCGUACACCUCUCGUCGCCCGAGUUUGUCGCACGCCCACGGGCACAGACGGCCCCUCAUGUUCGCGUUGCUUUGGACGCUGCUGCGACGCGCCGCAGGGGAGCUAGGCACCUCCGGCCACGAUCUGAGCAACUUCCAGGGUAAGCACGCGUGCGACGCGAGGGUGCGCAUGGCGGCGCCGCGGACCGCGCUUGAAGUCUCGGAGGUCGUGACCCGGUUUCCCCGGGUCAGGGCGAACGGCGUGGGACACAGCUGGCACCGCGGCCUCUUCUGCUCGGGCGAGGACGAAGACAGCGUCAACGUCCUGACCCAUCGCCUGCGCAGCGUGGGCGUGGGCGCGUCGCCGAGCGAUCGCGGACGCCGACUGGCCGGGAGCGGCGGUGCCGCGGGACGGAGCCCGGUCGCGGACCGAGUCGCGGUGGACACAGAGUCCAUGACGGUCAAAGCGGACGCGGGAGUAACGCUGAGGGAACUCCUGGACCACCUCGCCAACCACGACGACCUCACUCGCGAAGACGGCCCACCAGGAGCGCCCACGAUGCUGUCGUUUGGCGACGCGCUGUUUCGGGGCACGCAGCGCGGGUACACCCUCCCCGCGUUCCCCUGGUUCAUAGACCAGACGGUCGCCGGCGCCGUCACAACCGCCACGCACGGGUCGAGCCUUCGUCACGGGUCCCUCUCGUCGCAGACGACCGCGGUGACCGUCGUGCUGGCCAACGGCACCGUCGCGUCGUACCACGAGGGCAACCCCGCGUUCGACGCGGUGCGAGCGAGCGUGGGCAGGCUCGGGGUGGUCGUGGACGUGACGCUUCGUAUCGUGAGCAACCUCGCGGUGCGCAAGUCGUCGGCGACGCUGACGCCAGACGAGCUCGUUCGCGACGUCCAACUCGCGUCGGAUGCGGCGGCGAGGUGCCACGAGAGGUUCCCUACGCCCGGAUACGUGCGUGCGUGGGAGUGUACUCGCGCGGCGCCGGACGUGCGAAGGCUCGACGAGACGCAGGUGUUCUGGCACUUCCCCCUCGGUAAGGCGGUUCGGACGGAUUUCACCCGGCUGGACUCCAUCCCGGGGUUCCCGACGCCCGCGAACCCGACCCGUCGUCGGACGCGCCGGAACUCGAACAGCCUCAGGUCGGCGUGGAUGUCAACCGACACGAGCCGCGACCGUGACGCCUCGGUCGUUCGCGCCCAGCCCCCCGACGCCCCGCGCGACAUCACCGACGGCGACUUCCCUCUCAUGGCCAACGACACCUUCUCGCGGUUCUGGUCCCGCCAGUGGGACGUUUCCACCGCUUUAAACACGAUGUCCGGGGUGGACGACGCGAGGGACUCGUACCUCACGAUGACCGAGGAGCAAUACGACGCGCACGAUAACUACGGGUACGACCAGUACGAGGUGUGCGUCCCGCUGAGGCUGGCGGGCGCGUGCCUAAGGAAAAUCGCGGACGACAUGGUGGAGACCAACCCUGCGUGGGACCCGGUCGGUAUUUUAACGCCGCAGCCGGGGGGUCUGGCGCACGGGUUUAGGAGCCCCGCACUCAUACGAUUCACGAGCCCGGACACCGCGCUCCUGUCGCCGUCCAACCUCCACGCCGCGGGCGCUUGCAUGUACGUCAACGUGGAGGAUUACGUUCGGCACGCCACGACGCCGGCGGGUCGUAACGCCAAGUUUCAGAAAGUCUUCGAGCACCUGAGGGGACCAAAGUGCGACGGCAGGUUACACUGGGGGAAGGCGGGAUGGCCCACCGAGGUGACGGGCGGUGCGUUCGACGGCGCGAGGGAGUACGGCUCGUCGUGGUGCUCGUUCGGUUGCGCGGCGGCGGCGUUGGAUCCGACGGGAAAGUUCGCGGGGACGUCCGGCGCGAUGACGUGGCCGUCUCUGGACGUCGAACGGUGCUGCGGCGGUGACGGGGGGGUGCAGUACCUCGCGGGUGAUGACGGUUGCGAGUGCGCGCGGACGGGAUGA